AUGGGCAGCGAGUCCAGGUCCCUGGCCCUCUCUCCACUGUUGGAAAGCUCUAUUACACUGCUUUCCACAUCUGUCACCCACUGCACUGUAAACGUCCUGAAGGCACCCAGCAUUAUUCCAGGCACAUUGUAAGUCCUCUUUGACUGUUGUUUAGUGAAUGAAGAAAUCAAAACAAGAAGGGCUGCUCUUUUUUUUCUGCAGAACGGAGUGUUUUAGUCACCAGUCUCCCAGGUGGCUGACCCAGGGCCUGGCAUACAUAAGUCACACAAAGCCAGCGUACCCUGAGCAGGUGUGUAACCUCCCAGUGUCUUCACGGUACACAGGCUCCUCUGCUGCUGCCUCUUGGGCCAUGGCCUGGCCAAGGCAGCUGAACUGCUGUCACUUGGGGCAGUCGUUGUGUCACUUUACUGUGCCUUCAAGCUAAGAUAGGCAGUGGUUUGGGAGAGGAAUCUGUAUUCUGAUGGCCAGGGCUGUACUGCAGUCCUCCCUCUGAGGUACAGGCUGGAUGCUGUCCAAGUAUAUGCUUGAGAUGGAGCACUGGGUAAUCAGUGCUGUUUCAACAGUGUUACUAGUAAUUGGUCUGCAGUGCAUACUGAGGGCUAGUGUCAAAUAUUCAGGAAGCCGUUGCGUGUGGCCAGGGAGCUGUUUGAUACCCUGUCCUGCAUUAAACAGACUGAUCUAUGACCUGGAGGAUUACCUUUAUUUAGCUCUGCACAGGAGGGAGAGAAACUUUUAUAGCAUAGUGGCCAAAGAUUUGUGGCAGCUUUAUAAGCAAGCCUUUAUGGCCAUGCUUUAAAAUUAGGGAUUUUAGGCCUCAGGAAAUAUCAGUUGAGGGCUAAUGCCAAUUCUCAGUGGAAGCUGAAUUGGAUGUCCCAAAUUUGGCAUCAUAACGGCUGAUUCAAACCCGCGUUCUAUGGGAAGCGCGGCCCCAAGUCUUCCCUGUGAUCCCCUCAUCGCGCGUCUCCCCCUGCGUGCCCACGAGCCCCGCGCUGCAGCCUCGCGCAAAUCUGGCAGCCACGGCUUGUCCCCUGUCGGCGGGGUCCAACAGACCCUCCGGGAGGCGAGCUGCAGCCUGGGGGCUGGCGGAGGGCGAUCGGCUAGGAAUUGUCGCCAUUCGGCCCUCGGCCUCUGCGAAGCCAGGUCUAAAUUAUAAGAUAGCAUUUAGGGAACUCUGGAUUAAAUUAUGAGUCAUUCUUCAAGUUGGACACUUGUGCCUCCGGGCGGUUUCAGUUCCUCCAACCCCAGCCCCGUUUCUGCACCCCGCCAGCCUUACCCUCUUCCUUCACCGGCGUCCAGCUCCAGCCCUGCACAGGCGGCCCUGGCCUCGCGGGGCUGUCGCCCAGCCCUCCCUCCGCUCCCUGGGUGGCCACCCCGAGGCCGGGGGGCGGGGCUGCGGCAGCGCCGGCAGGGCCGCGAGGGCGGGGCCGCGGGCGGGGGCGGCGCUGCCCGGAGCGCAGGGAGUCGAGCGAGCGCGAGCGCCAGGCGCCGGGGCCAGCAUGGCGUGGCCCUGCAUCAGCCGCCUCUGUUGCCUGGCGCGGCGCUGGAACCAGCUGGACCGCUCCGACGUGGCUGUGCCACUGACCCUGCACAGCUACUCCGAACUCGAGAGCGAGGAGCCGGGCCUGGGCGGUGCCACCUCACGCAGGGGCUCGUCCCCCGCAGGCUCGCGGGACCCCGGCCGGGACGUGCCGCUUACUCAGUACCAGCGGGACUUCGGCGUGUGGACGGCGCCCGCGAGGCCCAGAGAUGCAACACUGGGGCGCGGGUCGGGAGCGGGCGGCCGCAGGAUCAAGCCCCCCGCGCCCUACAGCCGGGGGGUCUACGUGCUCCCCGUCGGCGACGCAGAUGCGGCUGCAGCGGCGACCACAUCGUACAGACAGGAAUUCCAGGCUUGGACUGGAGUGAAGCCAUCGAGAUCCACAAAGGUGAAACCCGCCACAGUCAUCACAACCCACAGCUCUGGAUGGGACAGCAGCCCCGGGGCUGGCUUCCAGGUCCCUGAGGUGAGGAAGAAGUUCGCCCCUAACCCCUCAGCCAUCUUUCAGGCCUCAGCUCCCCGGAUCCUCAACGUGUGAUUGCCCACGGAGAGGAGCGAGCAGCCACAGAGGAUCAGAACCCACUGCCCGGGGACUGGUAAGAGGACUUUAAUGUGCCAUGGCUACUGCUGCUCUCCCUUGGAGGCUUGUAGAUUCUGAGAACGCUGACCCUGGGCUGCAGUCGCACUGCUGUCGUAUGUAGUAAUAUUUAACAGAACCCACGAACUUCCUCUUUUACACUUACCCAUUUCCCCCCAACCCCGCUAGGAGCCUAGGGUAAAAGGACUGUCUUUGAAGCUAGUCUUGGGCUCAAAUCUUGGCUUUUCCAUUCACUAGCUGGGAGCAGUUUAAGCUUCUGUUUCCUUAUCUGCAAAGUAUGGGUAAUGCCACUCCCCUCCCCACCCCCCCUAGAGAAUGUGUUUAUGUGCAGCGUGCUUAGUACAGUAAAUGGCCAACAAAGCACAGCUGCUGUACUUAUUCUCUCCUGCCCAAGCACCCCUUCCCGGGAGCCUGCUUUACUCCCAUCUGCAGCUUUGGUCCAUCUGAUGCCACUGACAGGCCCUCUCAGUAGCCCCUGCCUGUGUCACACCACAUAGCCAGCCAUGCCCAUCCCUUCCCCAGAGCCUGGCCCAAGAGCCCAUUCACUGAGCUGGGGGUAAAGCAGGCUGCCCCAUGCUGGCAGUGUUGGCACUGCAGCAGCAGUGGGAGCACCACUGCCUGAGAGAGGCCUGACCUCUGGAAGGCAUCCUGCACACCCAGGAACAAACAGCUUUUCAAAAACACCCCAACCCAACAGCCUUCCUUACUAGACUUCAUUAAUUAUUAGAUCUGGAUUCUGAAACAGCAGCUUCCUCCCACUAGGUCUUCAUAAGGCCUUAACACUGAGAUAAUAGCAGCCUCAGCCACGUGGUCCCAACUCACCUAGGUCAUAUGUAUGAUACAAACAGACGAAGACCGAAAGGAACGCACUGGAACACUGAUGGUGGCUAUCUUUGAGAAGGGGAACUAUGGAUAAUUAAAAAUUUUUUACACCUUACAGUAUUUGCUAAAAGUUUCUAUAUAAUUAGCAUUUUUAUAUUAAAUUAAAAAGCAGUUUAAUCUGCUUGUUAGGUAAUUUUAGCCAAAGGAAAGAGUUCAAAUUAAUUAUUCCAUGACCAAAGUUAACGCUGCAGUAGCAGCCUUGACCAGCCGUGAGGAGGCCCAACCACAGGGAGGCCCCUGGGUCCUGUCACCCACAGUCAUUUAGACCGAGACUGACGGCUCCGUAGUGAGUCGAAUUCAGAAAAACCCAUUACAAACACUGAUACUUUCAUCCUUGUAAUAACUCCAGGAUUUUCGGCCAAACUCCAAAAAGCAGCUUUUGAGAGAACCUUGGCCAUGCAGCCCACCCUGGGCCAACGGGGGACCCUUUGAGCAGGAUCAGCUCCGCUGGCCUCACUCACACAGGCGCCUUCAGUCAGUUAAGAGGGAGUCCCCGAUUAAGGUCCUCCAGUUUCCGGCAGAGGUUGUCAGCAGAGGAGAAUGAUGAUGGGCACUCUAAAUGAGAGGUAAUCAGUCUUAUGACAGCUGUGGUGACAAAAGAAAGGGACUGUCCAUCUCCAAGGGACCGAUAGCCUGAGACCCAGAGAAGAAGGGGAGAAGACUCGUCUGUGUGAGGGUGGCUAUAAGGUCACCAAGGAAGAAGUCACUUCUACCACAAGGAAAGGAGUUAGAUCAAGAAGGUCUUCAAAGGAGAAAUGAUGCUGAGGAAGGGGGCUCCUGAAUGAACAGUGUGUUCCUGUUGCGUGUCACGGGCCAGAACAUUCCUGGCUGGGGCACAACACUUGGGACACUUGGGCACAAAUAGUUCUGUAGGGACCAUCCUGGGGGGUGGGCGGGACACCCAGGGUGGGCUCCUGUUCUCUAAGGCAGCUCUUGGAGUCCUCAGGUCCCUUCACCUCAGCUGAAGGAAAGAGCAUGGAAAACUGCUGGGGCUGACGUGGCCCGAAAACCAUGGAGGCUGACAGGUGACCACGUGCUCCAAGGAAACACCUCUCGGCUGCUGAUGGUGCCAGAGUCCCACCAGUGCUUACCUGGCUCGCUGUCAAUCUGGGUCAGCACAUCCUCGAUCGAGUCCCCGUCGCUCCUCAGGCUUUCGGGGUCAGGUGGGGUGUAGCCAUGGCAGCGACACCAGUGAGCAAUGUGCUUGGUUUUAAGCGGGGUCAGGUGAUGAAAUCUUGGAUUCUUUUCCAGUAUUUCUUGUAAGACUUUUCGCAUUGUCAUCGCUCUUUGCCACUUAAAAAAAUUGAGGGGGGAGGGGGAGAAUUCUUCAACUUAGCGUGUUCAAAUAAAUCACCCAACUCUAAACUACCA